AUGGCUUCCAUUAUAUCCUCAAUAUGGCCUAUACUAUCUUCCUAUAGACCGAACGCAGCUAGGGACCGUCAAGCUCAAAGAGAGAAAACACCCUUGAGAUUUGGCGCAUUCGAAGCUACAUACAUACCGCCCGGAUGGGGUGUGAUAAGUCCAAGGAACGAUAAACAUGCUCAGAGACUAUACAAUCAUAUUCGAACGGUAGCAUUCUGGCUUGAUGCCGCUCCUGUUCUAGCAGAUCUUGGUUUACCUUUCAGAGCAGGUCUAGAUGAUAUCAUCUCCCUUGUACCAAUCUACGGUGAUCUACUCUCAGGUGUACUGCAACUCUAUCAAGUCUGGUUAUGUUUCAUCUUUGGCGUACCUAGAAACAUCUUGGGAUAUAUGUUAUUCAACGUCAUUCUAGACGUUAUAGUCGGUCUCGUCCCUCUACUAGGCGAUUUCCUAGACAACCUCUUCAAAUCAAAUCUUCGUAAUCUGGCAUUACUUGAAACAUGGUUAUUAGAGGAUGAACGUGCCAAACGUCGAUAUCACAUACUGAUCAUGCCGGAAGGUAAUGAGUUCAUACCUAAACCGAAAACAUCAAGAUUCUCCGCGUCGUGGUUUGGUAAUUCCAAUUCAAACAAGAGCGCACUAGAUGAAGAAAGAGAAAGAGAGAGAUUGACAGGGAAAGUGAAAGUCACGAGAAGGAUGGGUAAGGAUGAAGGUGAGAAAGGACCAUUGAAUGAGACUGCACGAGAAGCAGGGUCAAGUUCCACUGCCGGUGAUACAACUGGAACGAGAAGAAGGACGAGAAGAGCUGAUCCCCAGUGA